GCAGAAGGAAGCAGGAAGAAGCCAGAAGCAUUUCGUGAGCAGCAGAGUGGACGGCUGCAUUGACAAAAACAGACUGAUGGUGGAUGCAGCAGCACCAGCCAGGGAGGAAUGGCUGAUGUUGCCUCCUGUUUGCUCCUCUUGUACAGUCUGGGAGCACAGCUGACAACAACAUCCAUCCCCUCCCUCUUCCUCUCACCUUGUUGCAUCCUCUUCCUACCUGGGACCAUGGAGGAGGUCACUAAAGUCACACCACCUCUCCUGGAACGUCAGGCUCGACAGCGACAGACCACAGCAUCAGUCCUCAAAUCCAAGCUGAAGCAGGGUGUGACCUGCUCCGGGCCCAGAGUCCGAUCCACCCUGACCGGGUUCUUCCCCGUUGUGCGCUGGCUGCCUAAAUACAAGCUCCGAGACUAUGUCUGGGGUGAUCUGAUGUCCGGGGUAAUCGUGGGUAUCAUCUUGGUACCGCAGGCUAUCGCCUACUGCCUGCUGGCAGGAGUGGAGCCCAUCUAUGGUUUAUACACCUCAUUUUACGCCAACAUCAUCUACUUCCUCAUGGGGACGUCGAGACAUGUCUCUGUGGGGAUCUUCAGCCUCAUGAGCCUCAUGGUUGGACAGGUGGUGGAUAAGGAGAUGUUCCUGGCAGGUUUUGACCUCAAUGAGGACUCUGGCCCAGAGGUGUUUAAUGCCACACUGGGCGCUAACCUUACGGCUGGUAAACUUCACAGCGUGGAGCUUAUGGGUCUGCAGUGUGGGAAGGAGUGUUACUCCAUCAGCAUCGCUGCUGCCCUUACAUUCCUGGCUGGCGUCUAUCAGCUCAUAAUGGCCGUGUUUCGGCUAGGCUUCGUCUCUGUAUACCUUUCGUCCCCUAUGCUGGAUGGUUUUGCCACAGGAGCCUCUUUUACCAUCCUCACUGUACAGGCUAAAUACCUGUUGGGUCUAAAGAUCCCUCGUCAUCAGGGCUACGGCACAGUUGUUGUCACCUGGAUCAACAUCUUUGCCAACAUUCAUAAGACCAACCUGUGUGACCUCAUCACGAGCGCCAUAUCUAUCUCUGUAUUAGUGGCAGGGAAGGAGAUCCAGGAGCGUUACAAGGAUCGUCUAAAGAUCCCUCUGCCGACUGAGCUGAUAGUAGUGGCAGGAGCUACGCUGGCCAGCCAUUUCGGGGAGCUGAACAGCAAUUAUGGCUCUAGUGUUUCCGGUCACAUCCCCACAGGGUUUAUUCCUCCCCAGGCGCCCAGCUUUAGUCUGAUGCCACGGCUGGCACUGGAUGCCAUUCCUUUGGCUGUCAUUAGUUUUGCCUUCACGGUGUCGCUGUCCGAGAUGUUUGCGAAGAAAAACGGCUACACGGUUCGCCCCAACCAGGAGAUGCUGGCCAUCAGCUUUUGUAACAUCAUCCCUUCCUUCUUCCGCUGUUUUACCACCAGUGCAGCAUUGGCAAAAACCAUGGUGAAGGACUCAACAGGCUGUCAGACACAGGUCUCCAGUCUGAUCAGCGCCCUAGUCGUCCUUCUCGUCGUCCUCUACUUCGCGCCUUUCUUCUACGCUCUCCAGAAGUGUGUUCUUGCCUGUAUCAUCAUUGUCAGCCUUCGGGGGGCACUGAGGAAGUUUAAGGAUGUCCCGGCUAAGUGGCGUGCCAGCCGGAACGACGGCAUAGUUUGGCUGGUCACCAUGUCAGCCACGGCUCUGAUCAGUGUGGAGCUCGGUCUCCUGGUCGGAACAGUUUUUUCCAUGAUCUGCAUCAUCUUCAAGAUCCAGAACCCCAAGGUCUCUCUCCUGGGCCAAGCCAAUGACACUGAUCUUUACGAAGACAUGGACCAGUACAAGAACCUAAUGCCACCACCUCGAGUUCAUGUCUUCCGCUUCCAGGCUCCUCUGUACUACGCAAAUAAGGACGCAUUCCUCAGAUCCCUCUACAAAGCUGUUGGUGUUGAACCUUUCUUGGAGCUGACUAAGAGAAGAAAGGCAGAGAAGGCGGCCAAAGAGAUGAUGAGAAAGCGGGCCAAGGCAAACGGGGAUAAAAACAACGGAGAGGUCGUUAUUGGACUUAUUCAAAGAGAACUGGACUUCCACACGAUGGUCUUGGACUGCUCUGGCAUCCCCUUCAUAGACUCUACAGGCAUGGCCACAUUUGAAGUGCUGGUUAAGGAAUAUAAAGAGAUCGGGGUGAGCGUGCUCUUCGCCAACUGUAAUACCUCAGUGAUCAAUACUCUGCAGAAGGGACAAUUCUUUGGGAAAAAUGACAAAGACAUGAGCAGCCUGCUGUUUCACACAGUUCACGCUGCAGUUCUUCAUGCAAACAGUAUAUCUGCAGAAAGCAAGUUAGAAGACUCUGUGGUAUAGAGCAGCUACAAGGAGAGGGAAGUUAGGUUUGCUAUUGUGCCACCUAUGACAAUAAUUCAUUAGGUAGCUUCAAAGUAGCCUUUAGGGAAGCCUUGUCCAAGAAAACAUGGAACAAAAAUGUUCAAUAAGGAGAAGUAUUACACCAAGUAUAUUGUUGAAGCUUUGCACCUUUAAAUAACCUGACCACUUGAUCUGCCAAAUAAGCAUUUUUUUCAAGAUCAAAAAACAAAAUGGAAUUUUAUUCCUGGAAAAGGGCCAUUUCAUUAAAAUAGGCCAUGUGUGCAUAAAAAAUUUGCAAUUAUUUUUUUAAACUGAUGCCCAGUUAGAAAAAAAAAUGGGUCAUUUUCACGAUUGCUCUAAAGGGGAAAAUCCUACAACAACCAGGAUCCAAUGCACACGAUGCCUUUGAAUGUCCCUCUCAGGCCAGUUUUCCUCCUCCUUGCCUAACUGCAUCAAGCCCUAAAUAUCUGAUUCCGACUUUAUAUCAUAAACUACUUUUUCCAAAUACACUGGUAUUUUGAUAUCAGUUCUUCUAGCAACAAUAAGGGGGACGGACUGUUUUGCAAGUUAAGCUUGAUGAUGUUCCCUCAUUACCUUCCUCUGCAAGUGUGGUUCAGCUAGACCUCUGCCGUUCAGGCUUUUGUGUCAAAACAGAGGACAAAAAGACAAAGUAUCACAAAAUGACCUGCUGCCAGCCGACAACGGUGACAACAGGACAGAUACAAGACCACACACAGUCAAAGAAUAACUACAAUAACUAACAGGUUUGUUCCUAUAAAAUUACUGGUUAUUACCUGCUUUCAAAGCAAUGCUCAUUGUAAUAAAAGCAGUUUUUACUUUUUAUAUCACUUGAAGCCUUUGGUCAAAGUCCAUAAUGGCUCUAAUCCAGGAGUCCAGAGUUCAGAUAUGUGGAUUCAGCCACUAUUACCGGUAUUUCCUGUGGCUUUUAUGAACAUAGGACCUCAAAAUCAUUUCUAAAAAGGCCAGUUAAAUGCUUCCUGACUUCAAGAAGAAGCACUUGUGCAUGGCAGGAAGAGAAGCAUCUCGGGACUCUCGAGGACUGCUUUCUGAGACUUGUCUCACACUGUACAUAGAGAGAGCCUUUCCUUCAAACCUGGCCUCAUUACAAGUUACCUGUCAUGUUUCCUGUUUAUCUAACAAUGACAGCUAUAUCUGUUCUUGAUAUGUUCUUGGUA